CGUAAACCAGCGAACUACAGGGGUCUUUUCACGAAAGAGCUCAAAAACCUUAUGUACGGCUUCGGAGACGACAGGAACCCUGCCAGUGACACUGUAAAUGUUAUGGAGGAAAUGCUAGUCGAGUUUAUCGCGGAUGUGUGUCUGACAGCUGGUGGCCCUGGCAAAAAGACGCGUCUUUCAAUUGAAGACCUGAGGAAAGCGCUGUCUCGGCCGGCAGACGCCAAGAAGCUAGCUCGUAUGGAGGAGCUGCUAUUCAUGCAGGAAGACAUCAAGCGCGCUCGUGCA